CGUGAGUCUAGCGAUGGCGCUGUGUUUAUAAAGUUGACGGAAUAAUGUACAGGCUUCUCAGAGCCUCGGUUCUGCGGCUCUACGCGGGUACUGGCGUGAAACAUUUGUCGGGGACGCGGACGGAGAGUCUGCGCAGAUGGAAACGCGCAGGAGGUCCGGCAUUAAAGGCGCUUCAGGAGCCGCACACACUGCUGGAGCCGCACACACAGGAGCACUUCCUGUUCCCGGACUGGGGGACAGAACAUGAGGAUGAUGGAGAGGUGCUGGAGAAGGGCCCUCAGCUCAGGGGGCCUCAGAGAAACAAUGAUGAUGAUGGAGAGAUGCUGGAGCGGGGCCCUCAGCUGGGAGCUCUUCAGAGAAAACACCAUGAUGAUGAUGGAGAGGUCAGGACUCAGUCUAAGCAGCUCCGGGGUCUGGAGAGACAGCUGGAGCUCAUGAAGGGCCCCGUAGAGGAGCACUCUCUGAUAGACUUCCAUGAUGAAGGAUUCCCUCUGCACAAACCCAAGAAGAAGCGCCCGCAGAAGGUGUUCGGCUCUCCGGAUGCGCAGGCGGCCCUCAGCGAGACCUCCUGCUCCGGCUGCGGGGCCCUCCUGCACUGCACGGACCCCCAGGAGCCCGGAUACCUGCCCAGUGAGAAGUACAAGCCUCUGCUGGAGGGCGGUGGGCUGGAGCGGGCCGUGUGCCAGCGCUGCUUCCUGAUCCAGCACCAGCAGAGGGCGCUGAGCGUGCGGAUGUCCCCGGAUCAGUACCGCGCGGUGGUGGGCUCCAUACGGCCCCUGAGCGCGCUGGUUCUGCUGAUCCUGGACCUGCUGGAUCUCCCGCACUCCAUCAUCCCGGACCUGCCGCAGCUGCUGGGACGCAACAAACGUGUGGUGGUGUUGGGGAAUAAGGUGGACCUGCUGCCGGGAGAUGCGCAGAACUACCUGCAGCGGGUGCGGCGGCAGCUGAUGGCGGACUGCGCCCGCGCCGGCAUCUCCGCUGACCCCCGAGACGUCCACCUCAUCAGCGCUAAAACCGGCUACGGCAUCGAGACCCUGAUCAGCAGCCUGCAAACCCGCGGGAGGCACCGGGGAGACGUGUACCUGAUCGGGAUGGCCAACGCCGGCAAAUCCACACUCUUCAACACCCUGCUGGAGUCUGACUACUGCAAAUCCACAGCCGCUGACGCCAUUCAUAGAGCCACCAUAUCACCAUGGCCUGGAACGACUCUGAAUCUGCUGAAGUUCCCCAUCCUAAACCCGACAGCUCAUCGCCUGAGCAGACGAGCAGAGAGACUCCAGCAGACGCAGCAGAACAUCACUGCAGACGAGCUGCGCAGGAUCACACACUACAGCAGACACGGAUACCUCAUCGGUCACGUUGGCAGGACGUUCCAGCUGAAGCGGGCACACAGUAAAGAUGAGGUGGAGUUUGAUGCAGACAGUCUGAGCUUUGGAGGAGAUCUGGAUGGAGACGUUCAGAAGAGUCCGAAAGCAGACGCUGAACUCUCCUAUAAUGAGAUUAAAGACGCUCACUGGUGCUACGACACACCGGGAAUCAUCAAGGAGAACGACCUUCUGAGUGUGCUGACGGAGCAGGAGGUGAAGCUGGUGGUUCCCACAGUCGCCAUCACACCCAGAACAUUCCUGCUGAAGCCGGGGACGGUGCUGUUUCUGGGGGGUCUCGCUCGCAUCGACUACCUGCAGGGGCAGAACUCCUGCUGGUUCACAGUGCUGGCGUCGUCUCGUGUGCCGGUUCACAUCACCAGUCUGGAUAAAGCUGACGACAUCUAUCAGAAACAUGCUGGAAAUACACUGCUGGGGGUGCCGUGUGGAGGUGAGGAGCGCAUGAAAACAUUCCCACCGCUCAUUGCUCAGGACUUUGAGCUCCAGGGUCAGGACUGCGACACCGCCAUCGCAGACAUCAAGAUCUCCUCAGCAGGCUGGAUCGCGGUGACUGCAGACGCUGGAGAUCAGCUGUUAUUGAGGACUCGAGCUCCAGCAGCAGCAGGAGUGUGUUUGCGGACGCCGCCGUUACUGCCGCACAUCGUCCGUCUUAAAGGACAGAGAAUACACAGAUCUGCAGCGUACAAGACCAGAAAACCACAAACACUGAUGGACACGGGACUGUCUGCCAGAGCGGCUCAGAGACUGCACAACACACACAGCAAAUGACCACUGUGACACUGCUAUACCACACACACACACACACACACACACACACACACACACACACACUGUUGAUGGGUUAUUUUUAUACCAGUGUCUAAAUGUGUUUAUAUGGACAAAAUUGUUCCAACCUUCCACUGAAGAAUUAAAAGCCUCAGUGGGUUCUGAAAUAACUUAAAAGCUGAAAAUAGUCAUGAUUAAUCGAACAUUUCUGAUAAUAAACUAUUGAAUAUCUAAUGCUGCUUUUGAAUUGUGCAUCUACAGAAUCAUUAUAAAAGGCAAACCAAUGACACUGGCCUGGAUAGAACUGGAAAGUAUGAACAAUUUUGUCCAAGUCUGUGUGUAUAUAUACACCGGCCACUUUAUUAGGUACACCUCACUAGUACAGGUUAGACUCCCUUUAGUCUUCAGAUCUGCCUUAAUCCUUGGUGUCAGAGAUUCAACAAGCUGCUGGAAAUAUUCCUCAGAGAUUUUGCUCCAUAUUGUCAUGAUAGCAUCACACAGUUGCUGCAGAUUUGUCGGCUGCACAUCCAUGAUGCCAAUCUCCCGUUCCACCACAUCCCAAAGCUGCUCUAUUGGUUUGAGCUCUGGUGACUGUGGAGGCCAUUUGAGUACAGUGAACUCAUCGUCAUGUUCAAGAAAGCAGUCUGAGAUGAUUGAGCUUUAUGACAUGCUGCGUUAUCCUGCUGGAAGUAGCCAUCAGAAGAUGGAGACACUGUGCUCAUAAAGGGAUGGACAUGGUCAGCAGCAAUACUCAGGUAGGCUGUGGCGUUGAUGCUCAAUUGGUACUAAUGGACCCAAAGUGUGUUACAAGCAGUUGGACAGGUGUACCUAAUAAAGUGGCCGGUGAGUGUAUAUACGUAUAUUAAUAUGCUAAUUUCUACAUUUAAAAAAACAAAAGAUAAAAAAAGUUUUAUUGAAA